UUUCGACGGCUGGAGACAUUUAGUUAGUUACCGAUCGCGAAAGGCUGUGCAUUGAAAGUGAACCUUUAAGAAGAUGCCUUGCGGAAAGUACGGUGGAAAGGAUGAUAGUGAAGACGGUGCUCCGAGAGAACUUCCUUACAUGGUUGAGAAGGAGUUGGUGGAAAAACAAAAUAAACACAAUUAUCUUCUAGAAAAGUAUAUUCCGAAUGUACUUAACGUUAUCCCUUUGACAUUAAAAUUUUACUCCAAAUACGAUAACAUCUGCAAUCCUUUUCUGAAAUACUUCAAACUUGUGGAUACAUCAUUAGAAAUUCCGAGUAGAAGGUUCAAGGAGCCGAUUCUGGAGAGUCAUAAAUAUGGUUGGAUUCGAGAAGCGGUUUUCCAAAAUAAAACGAUUCAACUUAAUCAUAUCUUGUACCCGAAAAUUCGGACGGAAAUAACGAUAUUUGGUGAGAAACUGGCAUGCAACCGAGUGACUGAACGGGCAAAAUUUGGCGGAAUCCGUUUCUAUCUUCGAUAAAAUUGGCGUUGAUAAAUAGAUGCACAGGAUAAAAGUAGGAAAGAUAGAAGUAGCUUCAUAUUUAAUGACACAGUUAUUCUAUUGUGGAGCAUGUGCAAUAGUGUCCCCAUGAUUGACUAUGAUAUGUAGUUUAAGUAUAGAUAGAAAUAUGUAAA